AUGCCUUCCUACUCCUCGUCGACGUCAAGUCGCAACACCUCUCCCGCUACGUCACCCUCUCCGUCGCGCCAAAUCGGUUGCUCCUCCAGUGCUUCCUCGCAACGAAGCAGUUUCAGCUCGAUGAGUGCUUCUACCACCCUCACCAACCCAUACUCGACAUGCGCGUAUCCCAGCUGGCCUUCUGGGUCCGCACUACUGAACAAGACCUCUGGAACGCCGACUCUGUACGUGAGCGAUGAGGAUCUCUUCGGCGACGACGACGAGGCCUACUUGAGCGAGCCGCCGCCACCCCCACGACCUGCCGAGGCAUACCUUGCACGUCCUCUGCUGCCUCCUGUUGUCCCGAUCAAGCCGAGACAGUGCAGCACCAGCUCCAAGAAGAAGAGACGGAGCUCGAGCAAGGCUAAGGAGUGA